AUGAGCGCCAGACUUUCGCGCCAACGCUUACCACCGCCCUCGGCGGGUGGCCUCGCCCUCGCCGCCGCCGCCGCCUUGCUGCAGCUCGCGAGCGGCCAUGUGCUGCCCCGAGAGACGAAAACUGUUCACUUUCGCCCGCUCAAGGUCGAACCAUGGCCUCUCGCCGCCGCCACCGCCGUGCCUGCGCAUGCGCCCUCUCCCGCUCCCACGGCGCCCGUCGAGCUUCGCGAUGAUCACACCCUCUACAACACCGUCUGUGGCUACAUAGGAGGAGACCCGGCGCUGCCUGCGACGUGUAUGGCAGGAUCGCACUGCGCCGUCGACGUCGAGCACGGCGCUAUCGGCUGCUGCCCUAACGGAGGCGACUGCAACAGCGGCAUCUUCACCGGCUGCGUCGACAAGAACAGCGGCCCGCAGACGGCCGACGACCCUUAUGUCUACACCUGCGCCGGCAAGAAUGUCUGUUACAAGAACACGUUUGACGGCGGCUACUUCCAAUACGGCUGCGGCAGUGCCUCCAACCUGGCCACCAGCGUCGCCACCAGCGCGUCGGGACGCAGCGCCUUGCACUUGAGCCACAUGACGGUCUCUCUGACGGCCACGGCCACGGCCCGUACCACGCCCACCACCAUCGGAUCCUCCACCACCUCGGACACUAAGUCUGACUCCGAGCCGGGUAGUACCCAAGCAUCGCCAUCGACGUCCGCUACUGGCGAUGCCGUGGCGCCCAAGAAGGAAUCGAGCUCGCCUAACACGGGCGCAAUCGUCGGAGGCACAGUCGGAGGCGUCGCCUUUGUCGUCGCCCUGGUUGCGCUCGGUCUCUUGUUGUGGAGGCGGAAACGAGGUAACACACGACGAGGCCCGGGGCCUAACCAGGACACAAAGUAUAUCAGCCCAAUGUCCGAUGCCCGUCGAGACUUUGAGGCGUUGCCUUCAUCUCACGAAGCCUCGGAGCGGGAACUCCCGUUACAGAUGCCGCCAGCGAAUAGGAACGCAGACAUUGUCAGCCCCGACAGUUCGGAUGGCGAUGUCGGCAUGGCGCACCAACAGCACGAUUAUCUGCGAGACGGAGUGCCUCCAGAAGGAGUCACGGUGGGUCGCGGCGCCGACUACGCGUUGGACCACGAUCGAGUUCCGUUGACGAGGGAAAUCGACGACUUUUCUCACGGGUUCAACUCGGCACUCGAGAACAUUCAAGAAGACGACAGCCCGACGCAGCCCAACACGGAUUACAUGUCGGCGUAUCCGGGCCCGCGGCGAGACAGGAGUGGGGGAGGGAUAUUGUGGCAACAGAACCGCCGGCAGGCUCGCAACCCUAUGUGGAUGUGA